UAUGCCUUCUUGGAUUAUAUUCUUUCUUCCAUUUCCAUCUCAUCCAAGUGCUUUACCCUCACGCAGCGACAAAGAAAGACAAAAUCAUAAAUAAACAAAACAAAGCUUCAGAAAAAGCAAACAGAACCUGAACCUGGCUUCGGCGUUUGGGUCACCGGAGAAAAGAGCGCGGCACGAGGCGGAGGAGAGAAAAGGGUCUCAUAAAAAGGGCAUUGCGGUAAUUUCACCCCGACCCUCUCUCUCUCUUCCGCCCCAUGUUCACAUCCACCCACUCCAACACCAACGCCAACACCAACAGCGACACCACCUUUCUCCCCGUCGGUGGCGGUGGCAAGUGCAAGUUCUGGUUGAUGGCCGCCGCAGCCUCGCCCUCUACUCCGGCAGUGCUCUUCACCGCCCUCGCCGGCGUCGCCAUCGUCGCGGUGAUUUUCUACGGAGCCAGUAGGGGUCGGAUUACAUCACCAUGGUCGCACAGGAAAAGAAAACACGUCCUUUCGCCGCAGCAAUGGAGAAGCUUGUUUGCAGAAGAUGGUAGACUCUGUGAUGAUGGAGUUAAGUUCCUGAAAAGAGUGCGCAGUGGAGGUGUUGAUCCUAGUAUUAGGGCUGAGGUUUUCCCAUUCCUGCUUGGAGUGUAUGACUUAGACAGCACCAAAGAGGAAAGAGACGUUAUAAGAACUCAAAAUAGAAAGCAAUAUGAGAAACUCCGCAGAGAAUGCCGGAAACUCCUAAAGAAAACCAAUGAGAGAAGUAAGUUAGAUGAAGAUGGUGAAAUCAGCUAUGAGGGAGAUGGUGAAAAUUUAUCUCGAGUUUCUGGUUCUAGUUCUGAUGACGCAGCCAGUGCUAGACAAUCUCUUUCUAGCGAGGAUAGGACCCCUGUUGUUGAACAUUCAGACGAUCCAUACAGUGCCCUGUUGGAAGGAGAUGAUGUGCCUAAUGCCAACAAUGCUGACGUGUCUACCCUGGAUACUGAUUUUUCUGAUUCAGACUCCUCUGAAAGUCCUGAAGUAAUUCAGGAAGUUCCUACUGAUCAUGUUCAGGAACACAAUGAUCCCAAUAAAGCUUCCGAUGAAGUCUCUACUCCCUCCAAAGCAAAAUCCCCAACAAAGCUACCAACUACUGAAGAUUUUUCCACCUGGCAACGGAUUAUCCGACUUGAUGCUGUUCGUGCCAAUGCAGAAUGGAUGACAUCUUACCCCUCUCUAGCUGAAGUAUCAGACAGCAGGGCACAUCGUACUGCUGAGGCUGUUGGAUUGAAGGAUUAUGGUCACCUAGAGCCUGGCAGAAUCUUCCAUGCUGCUCGACUAGUUGCUAUUCUUGAAGCAUAUGCACUAUAUGACUCCGACAUCGGCUACUGCCAGGGUAUGAGUGACCUGCUAUCUCCUAUAAUCAGUGUUAUAUCAGAGGAUUAUGAGGCUUUCUGGUGUUUUGUUGGAUUCAUGAAGAAGGCACGACAAAAUUUUAGGCUUGAUGAGGUGGGUAUUCGCAGGCAACUGGAUUUAGUUGCAAAAAUAAUCAAGUUUAAGGAUGCCCACCUAUUCAGGCAUUUGGAAAAGCUUCAGGCUGAGGAUUGCUUUUUCGUUUAUAGGAUGGUGGUCGUAAUGUUUCGAAGGGAAUUGACAUUUGAACAGACUCUUUGCCUAUGGGAAGUAGUGUGGGCAGAUCAAGCGGCAAUCAGGGCAGGUAUUGGGAAAUCUGCAUGGAGUAGAAUUAGGCAGCGUGCCCCACCAACAGAUGAUUUAUUGCUUUACGCAAUAGCGGCUUCUGUGUUGCAGAGAAGGAAAUUGAUCAUUGAGAAAUACAGUAGCAUGGAUGAGAUCAUUAAGGAAUGCAAUAGCAUGUCAGGACAGCUUGAUGUUUGGAAACUGCUUGAUGAUGCACAUAAUUUAGUGGUCACCCUGCAUGAUAAAAUAGAGACACCAUUCUCUUGACUGCAAUAAACCCGCUAGUUUACAAAGUUAUGGAAAACAAUAUUAUCUUUUAGACUACCGGAUUUGUCCUCUGCAUCUAAAAUAAGCACUGGAGCUGCAAUAGCUGUUGCAUACUACUGAAGUCUGCUGCUUAAACUUGCCACUGCUUAUUUGCUUGAUUUUAUUCAGACAAUGGUAGUUAAUGUGUGGAUUUUGCCCUCAAAUGGGAAUGUUGUCUUUUUUGACUCGAGUCAGGAGAUAUUUUCCUCUUGGGCUCUGCUAACAUGCGUGCCAUCUGAAUAUUUCAGAACCAUUCAUCGCUUCACCAGGAUGCUUGAUUUUCAAAGUUUAAGUGAACAGAUCAAAUUCUCAAACGGUUGAAGUUUUACUUAAUUGACUUUUAGAAUCCAUAUCAUUUAGCUUUUGAUUGAAUUAGUAACUGGAUGUUUGAGUUUUCCAUGAGGUCAAUUAAUUGUUGUUAACAUCUUUA